AUGCCGGCCCCCGUCAAUAUUCACUCGUCAGGCUCUUCUGACGGUCAGAGCAGCACAUCGGCUCAGACAGUCCACUCGAGGCCUUCAUGGGGCUACCGAAAUGGAUCGAUAUCGGGCUCCUUUCGCAAUCCAGAUGGAAUGGCCUUUGAGGCAACGCCAACCUCUUUCUCGCAUCUGAUGCUAUCCAAUUCGUCCCAGAUGCAGAUCACCGGCAUGUCACCUGGCUUUGGUCCGUUCUCCUAUCGCGCGGGCGAUCUCAUUUCGACCUCGCUCGGCAAGACCCCGGGCUCGUUCGGAGCUGCGGGCGGUCAGCUCGAAGAACGCUUCUGCAGAGGCUACCGCUGUUGCGGCCUAAAGCUUGAUGACCUGCACGGACUGCUCGAGCAUUUCGAGGAGCAGCAUGUUCUGCCUUCGGCCAAUUCGCCUUCUCUGACAGAAUCGAAUUCACCUUCGGACACUAACGACUCUCGGCCGGUCUCACCGGCACCCAUCAUGACAAGAUCCCAGUCAGAAAUACAUACCAAUAGCAAGCGACGCGCGUGGGAGGACUUGGCAAGCAUGCAGUCCCAUGGCGGCGCAGGCUUCGAGAUGGAUCUAGACCCUAGCAUGGGCAAUCUCGACGCCGAAUCUGCGUUCGACGCCCAACGUACCGCAGGCGGUCCAGUCGUCGUCGAUCUCACCAAGCCUUUCGGGCAACCCAAGACUGCUCUCAACUUUGAGGGUCUGCAGAACCUUGCUAGAUCAAUGUCAGCCAAGCGAGCGACACAGACGUCUGGCUUCAACCGCUCCGGCGCGUCAUCCCCUACUUCGAGCGUUCCUGGCACGCCGGGCACAGACAUGUCUGACGAUUUCGAGAUGUCAGUGCCGCCCUCACCACAAGCAGGCGUCCAGCCGAACAUGCUCUUCCCGCAAUCGCUCUCGCAAUUUGGCGAGAUCACACUCGAUGAUGACUCGCCAGCAGCGACCCUCAAUCCUCUGCGGCUAUCGCAGGGUCGGUCACAGCAGCCCAUGAGCGGUCAAAACGCCGGAAAUGAUCGGAUGUGGACUGCGCCGAGCAGCAAACCAUUCAAGUGCCCUGUCGACGGAUGUGACAAGGCAUACAAGCAACAGAAUGGCCUCAAGUACCACCGGCUGCAUGGCCACUGUAAUCAGAAUAAUCUCGGCAAACUACCCGAGAACAGAGACGGUGAACAUGUCUCCGAAUCAAUGCUUUCCGAGAUGGAGGAGAAGCCAUUUGGCUGCUACAUUGGAGUCAAUUGCGGGAAGCGCUACAAAAACAUGAACGGACUGCGUUACCACUAUCAGCAUUCGGGACCCCACGGACAGAUCGGUCUGCAGAUGCUAUCCGAGGGCUCGCACCCUGCGCCGACCUAUCCUGCUGGGCAUCGCCGCGUGGCUAGUGUCACUUCCUCAAGGAAUACAUCUCGCGCGGCUAGCCCUUCACUAAGCAACGUGACUGCCUUCCCGACUCUACCGAUCGCACUGGGCAACUAG